AUGUGGCAGGAUGUUAAUAUGAACAAAGACAAAGACAUUCCGCUCUGGCCAUGGAUCUUAUGGAACCUAUGGAAAGCUAGGAAUAAACUCUGCUUCGAGAACCGGAAAUUUACCAGCAUGGAAAUCAUAGCGAAGUCUAUCUCGGAUGCAAAAGAGUGGCAGAAUGCUCAAAACAUCGGACCUGUCCAACAGCUACCUAGCUCUGCCCCCCUUCCUGCUCGGUAUAACGCGGACCUCCUAGGUAACCUCUCCCCUAACACUGUAAUAUGCAAUGUUAAUGCAGCAUGGGACGUUAGAACCAGGAACUGUGGUACCGGUGCUGUUUUCUCAGGUGAUAAUACCUGCCUGUUCUCGAGUCUUCUCAGUGACUCGCACAGUCAUAUCUCUUCGGCAUUAAUGGCAGAAGCCAUCGCCAUCCGUUCUGCGGUCAUGUACGCCGCUGCGUCAAACGUUAAAGUCCUCAUGAUCCUGUCUGAUUCCCUCUCCUUGGUCAAGCUACUAAAGGAAAAGAACUCAGUCCCAGCUUUGUUUGGAAUUGCGUUUGAUAUUUAUCAUUUUAGCGCUACCUUUGAUUCUGUUUCCUUUCGUUUUAUUCCUCGCUUGAGCAAUGUGGAGGCUGACACUGUGGCUAAGUCAGCCCUCUCAUUACUAAACCAUUCCUUCUUCAAUGGAAUGUAG